AUGACUAGUAUUUUUAGCAGAGGGUGCUCUCGAUUGCUGAGAACAACGGCUCUGGACUCCACGCAACUCCCAACAAACCAUCUCAGAAGAAGACUCGUGAGCAGUCAUCGUUUUCUCAGAGCUUCCAUGGAUGCUUCUUCUAGGGCAUCAUCAGGCGGAGUGGUGCGCUUCCCUCUGUCGUCCACCUCUUCUCUCGUCAUCCAGAGAGGAGACAUCACCAAGUGGUUCGUCGACGGCUCCACCGACGCCAUAGUUAAUCCGGCAAAUGAGCGAAUGCUUGGAGGUGGCGGCGCAGACGGAGCCAUACACAGGGCUGCUGGACCAGAUCUUCUGCAAGCAUGUUAUGGUGUUCCAGAAGUUAGUCCCGGAGUUCGCUGCCCCACCGGAGAAGCUAGGAUUACCCCAGGUUUUAGGUUGCCCGUUGCUCAUGUGGUUUUCACCGUUGGACCCAUCUACAAUGGAAGGAGUACUGCUGAAGCCGCUCUGAGAAACACGUACAGAAACAGCUUGAAGAUUGCCAAGGAGAACAACAUCCAAUAUAUUGCAUUUCCAGCCAUAUCUUGUGGUGUCUAUGGAUACCCCUAUGAUGAAGCUUCCACAGUAGCUAUAUCGACUAUUAAAGAGUUUGCAAAUGGCAUUAAAGAGGUGCACUUCGUUCUUUUCCAAGAAGACAUCUAUAGUGUUUGGUUGAACAAGGCAAAUGAAUUGCUCCAGGCUUGA